AUGGUUGAAUUCUUGGACGUGGAUGAAGGCUUUGAUUUUAAGGAUAUAUUUCCCACUUGUAUGGAGAAAUAUAAUAGCGCUACAGCAUUUGAUAAAAUUCAAUCACGUAACGUCUAUAUUAAAUUGUGUGAAGAAAUAAGUAAAAAACUAAAUAUUAACAAUUUUAAUUUUAAUAUAUCUUGUAAAGAUCUUAGUUCCUAUUUGGAAAGUAUAAUCAAUACUGAAAAAGUAGCGUGUUGUAAAUAUUUCAGUUACAGAUUAAAAGAUGAGCUAGAAGGUUUAAAUCCUUCUUGUGGAGGCGAAAAAGAAUGUUACAAAAAAAUGAAAGAAGCAAAAGACAGUACUAAUAAAACCUUAUCUAAUGCAUGUAAAGAACAUGUUGUAGAUCUUAAAGAUGGUACACAUUACAUAAUGAAUGAACUGAAUUUGCUAUAUAAUUAUUUUAAGGAUGCCAAAAAUAACAGUUAUAAUAAUUCCAAUCAAUUUACUUGUACAUUUGUUAAAGAAUGCUUAAAAAUAUAUAAUAAACUUUUAGAAAUAAAUAGAGGAAUCAAUAAUAUCAGCUUAAAUGAGGUUCUAAAAAUGUUUAAACAAGAAUAUGAUAAACAUUAUGAUAAAUUUGUUUAUUGUUUAUCUUUUUCUAAAAUCAUACAUUAUACUUCAUGGGCAUUUGGAGGAACAUUUAUAUUAACAGUUGCAAUAUCAGUAACAAUAUACAUUUGGUAUAUGUACACCCCUUAUGCCUCAUAUCUACAACAAAUUAUAUUGAAAUUAAAGAAAAUAUUGAAUAAAAAAAGUAAUAAUGUGAAAAAUUUAACUAAUUCAUUUGAAAUUACAUACAAAAAUUUAAUUGAUGAAAAUUAUAUGGUUUCAAAUAACUCUGCAGAUUACUACUAA